CAACGGCCCUGCUGUGAAGAGACGACGCCUUUCUAUAAAAUAAAGUGGGAGGGGUUAUAAUUUUUGCUCAAUAUUUCUUAAAACCCACACUUGAGUCUUUUCAUUAGCAGAGAGGCGUCUGUAGUUCAAUAUCGCAAGUUUGUGAAACUCGUCCAACAGUCUGAAAUGACUUCGUCUAUGAAGUGUCUUGCAUUAGACUACGAAAGGUACCACAAGACCUUCCGGGUUUACCUUGAGAUGUCGACGGAGCAUCAAACUGUGCAUAGAUUCAUUCGUGAGAGUCUUCCUGACAUCCUCGCGAGGGCUGGGAAGGGCAAGAGUACCUUUGAUGUUAUAUCCCUUGGGAGUGGUACAGGAGAGGUGGACCUGGAGAUACUUUCACAGCUGAUUAAGGUUUUACCAGAUGUGAAGGUGGGCUGUGACAUGGUGGAACCCAGUGAGCCGAUGCUGGAGAAAUGCAAGGAUGUUGUGUCGAGAACUCCUAAGUUAGAAAACGCAAACUUCACGUGGAAUCAGAUGACUGCCUCUGAGUUCGAGAAGCACUGGAGAGACAGACAGCCAGAGAAGAAAGUAGACUUCAUUCAUAUGAUUCAGAUGCUGUACUAUGUAGUUGAUCCUGUUGGUACCAUCUCGUUUUUUCGGAGUCUCUUGAAUGAAAAUGGAAAACUUCUCGUCAUACUUAUUUCUGGAGAGUGUGGCUGGAGCAAGCUGUGGAGCAUUUAUGGGAAUGAGUUUACUCGCAGUGAUUUGGAUCAGUCUCUUACGGCGGCAAACAUCAAGCGCUAUCUUACUGCUGAAGGAAUCAACUUUGAAACAUUCACGUUGCCUACAAAAUUAGACAUCACAGAUUGCUUCAUCCCUGGCAACAAAAAGGGGGAGCUGCUACUGGAUGUGGUUACUGAGUUGGUGGACUUUAGCCACACUGCACCACCGGAGCUGAAAGCCAGUGUGCUAGAUUACCUGCGCCGCCCCGAUUGUACCACUGAGGUGAAUGGGAGAGUUUUAUUCAAUACUACUCUGGAGGCUUUGGUUCUAAGCCAGUAAGAUAUACAGUGGUUCACCAAAUGUUCAUUGCUUCUUAGAUGUGGUUUUCAGUAGUAAUGUAUAAAAAUGAGACUGUAUUGUCUUGCAUGACUGAUGCCAUCAGAUUUGAAAUAUUCUGUAUUUCUUCCUGAUUAAAUUCUUUACAAUUAAUGUUAUUGGCUUGAAUAGGAAUGUCAGGGAGAAAGAUAAACAAUGAAUAAUUCCACUGUUCUAUAA